UGUGGCUCGACUGACCUCAGAGACCAGAACCAAAGGGGUCAUAGGUACUUUCAUAUUACCUUUAAAACAUUAUCACUGGGGCCAGCACUGUGGCAUAGCAGGCAAAGCUGCCACCUGCAGUGCCAGCAUCUCAUACGGAUGCUGGUUUGAGACCAGGCUGCUCCACUUCUGAUCCAGCUCUCUGCUAUGGCCUGGGAAAGCAGUAGAAGAUGGCCCACAUCCUUGGGCCCUUGCACCCACAUGGGAGACCCAGAAGAAGCUCCUGGCUCCUGGCUUCGGAUCGGCACAGCUCUGGCCAUUGUGGCCAAAUGGGGAGUGAACCAGCAGAUGGAAAUCCUCUCUCUUUCUCUGCUUUUCCUUCUCUCUGUGUGUAGCUCUGAUUCUCAAAUAAAUAAUUAAAAAAAAGAGAAAGAAACUUUAGGAACUAAGUUGUCAGUAGAUUAGCCAAGUGGGAUUCCACAGGAAUAUAGUCUGCAAAACUUUUUAAAAAAUUAUCACUGAGAAAUACUGUGGUUAUCUUCCAAACACUAUACCCAAAAUCAACCUAAACUGAGGGAAAGGAUGAACAAUGUAACAGAAUUCAUCUUGCUGGGCCUCACCCAGAAUCCAGAACUGCAGAAAUUCCUAUUUGCUGUGUUUUCAGUCAUCUACUUGAUCACACUGGCAGGUAACCUGCUCAUCGCAGUCACCAUCUUUGUCAGCCCAGCCUUGGGCUCUCCCAUGUACUUUUUCCUGUCCUAUCUGUCCAUUAUAGAUGGUUUCUACUCUUCUUCCACAGCACCCAAAAUGAUCUUUGAGUUGGUUUCUGAGAAGAGCACCAUCUCCUUCAAUGGAUGCAUGACUCAGGUAUUUUUCGUACAUUUCUUUGCUGCAGCUGAGGUCGUAUUAUUGAUUGUCAUGGCCUAUGACCGCUAUGUGGCCAUCUGUAAGCCCCUGCACUAUCUGACCAUCAUGAGCCCACCUGUGUGUGCUUCCCUGGUGAGUGUGGCUGGGAUCAUCGGAUUUCUGCAUGGAAGCAUCCAGAUUUUGUUUAUGGUCCAGUUACCAUUCUGUGGCCCCAACGUUAUUGACCAUUUUGCAUGUGAUCUCAUGCCCCUCUUGCAGCUGGCCUGCACUGACACUGAUACUUUGGGACCCCUGAUUGCUGUCAACAGUGGGGCAGUAUGUUUGCUCAGUUUCCCUAUGCUGGUUGCUUCGUAUGUCAUCAUCCUGCGUUCUGUGAGGGCUCAUAGCUCAGUAGGACGUCAAAAAGCGCUGUCUACCUGUGCCUCUCAUAUCACUGUUGUCAUCUUAUUCUUUGUACCUUGUACUUACCUGUACCUGAGACCCAUGACCAACUUCCCCACUGACAAGGCUGUGACUGUGUUUUGCUCCUUAGUAACUCCUAUGCUGAAUCCUUUAAUCUACACUUUCAGAAAUGCAGAAGUGAAAAAUGUUAUGAAGAAGCUCUGGGGCAAAUCAUGAAAACUGAGGAUAAAUAAAUCUUGUGAUUUGAUUUUUAAGCCAAAAAAAAUCUAGUGAUUUUCAUUGGCAUUUGUUCUCCUUUUGGUUCAUCUAAAUUGAGACAGUUAAAUACCUUGUGUGGGUCACCUUUCAUUAAGCAUCUGCUUAUACUGGACAGAGCCCACAUCUCCCACGGCACCGAAGGCAUUGGCUAGGCCCAGCACAUUUGUAACAGCCCUGGAAAUUGCCUAGUUUAUGUUCUAAUUAGAAGAAAAAGUGCAUACAUUCAGAAAAGCAACCUGAUUGUAUUCAUCAUUACAUAAAGUCAUAAAAUGUAAUUUUUAAUAUUUUAUAAAAGGUUGGCAAAUUCAUAAUAGUUCCCUAAUGCAGGCAUAAAAGAGAUCAACAUGAUACUCUUGAGUCCUUUUCAUCCCCACCAAAACAACUAAAAUAAACUUUCAAUUCACAAGAUGAGAAACCACUGUGAGGGGAAAUGAAGUCAAGCAUAGCAGAAUUAUUUGAUCUUUUAGAUGCCACUGUGCAUGCUGUCAUUUUGAAAAACUGACUUUUCAAUCUUAACUUUAUCAAAUCAUUAACAAACAAUAUUAAAAGCACAAAAUGUAUUCCAAUGAAAUGGGUAGAACUGGACAUCAUCAAGCUCAGUGAAAUAAACUGGACCCAGAAAGACAAAUAUCACAUGUUUUCUCUUAUUUGUAGGAACUAAUAGAGAGUAUAAAAAUUGGGUGGAUGCCACAUCAUUUGGAAUGUUGCUAUAAAUUUUGCUUCACUAAAUCAUGCAUGUACAUGACAAUUUACCCUCUUUCCUCAUCUUUCAAUUAUCAUUAAUCUCUCACUUUGUGAUAUUAGUAAUUGUUUUCAAGAAAAAGUAGUAUAUGUGUGUAUAAUGUCUAUAUAUGAUGUGAAUAUGGAAAAAUGUUACAAAUUGUUAAAUAUUAAAGCUAAAAGAUAAACAAAGUAAAAUGUAAAAAAGUACUUUCUUCAAAAUAUAAUUUUUAUAUCUUCUAAGUGUGAGAAAUUUUAAAAAUGCUCUUGUAGAAACAUG